AGCCUAAUCCAAUCAAAGGAUUCAAUCGGUCCGGGGGUUGGAAUUAACCCAGACCAAAUCCAACAAUAAAUUGUCUUUUUCACACAAAUCUUCUGAAAUUUAAGACCGGUUUGGUGUCGCAGUUGCGUCCUUCAGUGUGAAGAGACUGAUCUGAGCGCAAAUAAUCCAGGACACCACACUGUAUUUUUGACUUCCUGCGUGUAGCGUGUUCGCAAAGCUUUUACCAUGGCACUAGAUGGAUGUGGCCAGUUGUGCAAGUGUUUCCUCAUCAUGUUCAACAUCAUUUUUUCCCUGGUGGGUAUGGCGAUGUUCGGGUUGGGCUUGUGGCUGAGGUUCAGCUCUGAGACCAGAGGAUUUUUCAACAUAGACCUCAACACACAACAGUUUGUCAUCUGUGUGUCAGUGUUGAUUGCGUUAGGAGCAGUGAUAUUGCUCGUGGCUGUUUUCGGAGACUAUGGAGCAUGCAAUGAGAAUAUGAAUGGAUUGGCAGUGAAUUCUCAGGUUCUCCUUGCCGCACCUCUGACCUCUCAAGGGCCUAGCAAGCGCUUGUCAUCAAUCUCUCAACUGAUCCGCUACCUCGAGCCAUGGUGCACUUUGCAACCAUCGAGGAGCACUGAGAAUCUCGCCUCUAUCACAGCCCUGGUGUGCUGUAGCAUCCUCAUGAAACAGAUCAAGAAGAGUCGCCUCUCUGACCCUGUGUACUGAGGGGACAGGACCACCACCACGUUCAAACAUUUCCACUGACACCAAACCAGAUGGUUGUCAUUCAGUGACCAUCACCCCAUCCUGUCACGUAAUACUUCUGGAGAGGUGCCCAAUAAAAAUAAUGUCCGACUUAGCUUUCAUUCAUUUGCGUAGCUGGACAGGGCUCUCGAUCAUCUGGACAUGCUUUUAGAUGACAUGAACAGGGCAAGACACUGUUGCUCUGCCCCUCUUCCCACUGUAGUCCUUAAUCUUGUUUUUUUUACCUUGAUCACUGUUACUGAAUGUAUAUAGCUGCGCUUGCUGACAUUAAUGCUGCUUACAUGAAAGGGACCAUUUUAUUAAGUCAUACGGAGCAUUAAGAGGGCACUGCUGUAAUCAGACAAGUGAAACACUGUCCAACAUUACCUUUCCCUGUAAUCACAUCAGUUUAGAAUGUUUGUUACAAUAUCCAUGUACUGCUGACAGAAUUAGUAUCUUACCUGGAUUAAUCCGUUUUUGGUUCUCUAUGCCAAAUUAAGGACAUUUAAUAUCUAAUCAUGCUACACAAUUACAAUACCAACUCCAGCUCCACUUGUACGCCCUGAGGUGAUAGACUGAUUUCUUCAUUCCAUGUUUGGAUGUUGAUGUGGGAUGACUCUGGAACAUUGUUUGCUUGACUUAUUCUAUUACUUUGAUGCCAAUUUCUAGCAUGUGAACUGAUUUUUUUAAUAAGCAAACUAAUGUUUGCAACUGGGAUACAUUUCCUUGAGUCACUCCAAUCGCAGCGGGCUUGGGAAUUAUGUCUCCCUGAAUGCCCCAUCAGGCAGCAGUUGUACUGGAGGCUGUUGAGUGUGAUAGAAUAAACUUCAUAUGGAGUGGCUUGGUACACUGGCCAAAGUGUUGCCGUGUCAGGCAGGAGUGGGCCAAAUGGUGUACCUUACCAAGUCAAGUGUCUUGUAGGAAGUCUUGAACUACAAUUUGCAAUGCUUAUGUUCUGUUAUAAGCUAAUACUACUGACUAACUUGGCACCAAAUGGAGCUUUUUUUGUUAAAAUAAAGUUGUUUUUUUCUU